UGUUCUUUUUCAAAAAUGCUACUCUAUAAGAAAGAUUCAUGAAGUGUUGUUAUAAAAAUUUGAUUUUUGGGAAAAAAAGGAGAUGAAUUUGCAUGUUGAAGCCAUCAUUGUGGGUAUAGCUGAAGAGGAAACAUUCAAAUGAAAGUGUCACUAUUAAUGACCCCUUUGAGCUGUUGCUGCUUCUUUGUCUGUUGUUCUAAAAUGGGUCUUUAGAUAUCCGAGUUUUUGGAUCUGGGUUGUUCAAAUUUCUUGUAAAGUCUUCUCCUUUAACCUCAAGUCUGAAGAUUUACUCACUUAAAGUCACUCCAUUUUAAGUUUCCCGAGAUGGGUUUAGCUUAAAUCUUCUACUUUGAGAUUUGCGUCUUUUAACUUCUUCUUCUUUGAGAUUUGGGUCUUUAGCAACGAAAAAAUGGCUCCAAGGUUUGAUUUUUCAGAUUUGUGGGCGAAAGAUACGAGAAGAGGUACACCAGUAGUGGUGAAAAUGGAGAAUCCCAAUUACUCAAUCGUUGAAGUUGAGGAACCUGACAGUGCUUUUCAACCAAUGGAGAAGAGUAGAGGCAAGAACGCUAAGCAAGUGACUUGGGUUUUGCUUCUUAAAGCUCACAGAGCUGUUGGGUGUCUCACUUGGCUAGCUACACUGUUCUGGUCUCUCCUUGGUUCAGUCAAGAGACGGCUAAGUUUCACUCAUCCACUUGGCUCUGAGAGACUUGGUAGAGACAGAUGGCUUUUCUCAGCUAUUAAGCUCUUCUUAGCUGCUUCAUUAGCUAUUCUUGGGUUUGAAUUAGUUGCUUAUUACAGAGGAUGGCAUUACUUCAAGAACCCUAAUUUACACAUCCCGACAAGCAAACUCGAGAUCCAGAGCUUGUUUCAUCUGCUUUAUGUUGGUUGGUUGAGUUUAAGAGCUGAUUAUAUCGCUCCUCCAAUCAAAGCUCUCUCUAAGUUUUGUAUUGUGCUGUUCCUUGUACAGUCUGUAGAUCGUUUGGUUCUUUGCUUAGGCUGUUUUUGGAUCAAGUUUAAGAAGAUUAAGCCGAGAAUCGUUGAGGCGCCUUUUCGAAAUGAUGACGUUGAAGGGUCAGGAUCUGAGUAUCCAAUGGUUCUUGUUCAGAUACCAAUGUGCAAUGAGAGAGAGGUAUAUGAGCAAUCUAUAUCUGCUGUGUGCCAGCUUGACUGGCCAAAAGAUCGAAUACUGAUUCAGGUUCUAGAUGAUUCAGAUGAUGAAAGCAUCCAGCAGUUAAUUAGAGCUGAGGUUACUAAAUGGAGCCAAAAGGGUGUUAACAUAAUUUACCGGCAUCGCCUGGUUAGAACUGGAUACAAAGCUGGUAACCUCAAAUCUGCAAUGAGCUGUGAUUAUGUGGAAGCUUACGAGUUUGUUGCAAUUUUUGAUGCGGAUUUCCAACCUAACUCGGAUUUCCUUAAACUAACCGUUCCACAUUUCAAGGAGAAUCCUGAGCUAGGUUUGGUUCAGGCUAGAUGGGCGUUUGUGAACAAAGACGAGAACUUGUUGACCCGUCUCCAAAACAUCAAUCUGUGUUUUCAUUUUGAGGUUGAGCAGCAGGUAAAUGGUGUGUUCUUGAAUUUCUUUGGUUUCAAUGGAACUGCUGGUGUGUGGAGAAUCAAAGCCCUUGAGGAAUCUGGAGGUUGGCUUGAAAGGACAACUGUCGAGGAUAUGGAUAUAGCUGUUCGGGCUCAUCUCCAUGGAUGGAAAUUCAUAUAUCUUAACGAUGUCAAGGUUCUUUGUGAAGUUCCUGAGUCAUAUGAAGCAUACAAGAAGCAGCAACAUCGAUGGCACUCAGGACCUAUGCAGCUAUUUCGCUUGUGUCUUCGAGCGAUCUUGACCUCUAAGAUUGCAAUGUGGAAGAAGGCAAAUCUGAUACUUCUAUUCUUCCUUCUAAGGAAACUCAUACUUCCUUUCUACUCCUUCACAUUGUUCUGCGUGAUUCUUCCCAUCACCAUGUUUGUUCCAGAAGCCGAGCUUCCUGUUUGGGUCAUCUGCUAUGUACCGAUAUUCAUGUCAUUACUCAACAUUCUUCCUGCUCCAAAGUCCUUCCCUUUUAUUGUUCCUUACCUCUUGUUUGAGAACACAAUGUCGGUCACCAAGUUCAACGCGAUGGUCUCUGGAUUAUUCCAACUUGGUAGCUCUUACGAAUGGAUUGUAACAAAGAAAGCAGGAAGAUCAUCAGAAUCUGAUCUUUUGGGCCUCACCGAUAAAGAAUCCAAGAAGAUGCCAAACCAAAUACUAAGAGGAGUUUCAGACAGUCAGCUGAUGGAGAUAAACCAAGUUGAGGAACAGAAGAAACAACCAGUUCCCCUGAAGAAAACGAAUAAGAUAUUCCACAAAGAGCUCGCGCUAGCUUUUCUUUUGCUCACCGCAGCAGUUAGGAGUCUCUUGGCCUCACAAGGAGUACAUUUCUACUUCCUCUUGUUCCAAGGUCUCACCUUUCUUCUUGUGGGUCUAGAUCUCAUAGGCGAGCAGAUGAGUUGAGUAACCAAAUCAGAAGAAGGAGAUGAGAAGCUUCAGAGCUACAGAUAAUAUGAUGAUUCAAGAAGAUUCAGUUAACUCUGUGAGUUUCCUUCUCCUAUUACCACCUUUUGUUGUAGCCAUAGUUUGUUAGGCAUUUAUUGAUUUUAAUUUUGGUUUAUUACUUACUUCUCUCCAUUGUGAUUAAACCCUUGGUAGGUUAGAGUCUUAAGCUACAAUUUUAUAGUUAUUACACCUAUAUAUAGAUAGCAUCUCUACCAAAGUCAGAAACUUGUGGCUUAGUGUCUGAUGAAAGAACUUUUUCUUUAAAGCUCUUCCUCUCUUUUUUUGGUUUCUGAUUAAACUUCCUAUUUUUAAAUUCA